GAAACUCUUCCCAUGUUUUGGAUUAUAUAAAUUCCAACACCCACAGACGCACACAUAAAAUAGGUGGAAUUGAAAAAUAAUUAAGAAAAUGACGCGUAGGGAAGGAGAGUUCUCUCCGAAGUUCUGAAUCACUCCAAUUAGUCUAUCUUCGCCAUGGAUCUUUCUUUCUACUCUCCUUCUUCUUCGCUACGAAUUCCAACUAUAGUUCCUCUCUGCAACACUUCAAUUGUUCCGAAGAAACCCACCAACCCAAUCCAUAAACUAACCAACAUUCCGUUGAGGAGCACCAGGAAUUCAUCUUCAGCUCGCUUAUUCCACCGCAGGAACUGCAUUUCACCUGUUCCAAGAAGCCAUUCGUGUCGUUUCCGCAUCUGGGCUUCUACGCAAAUUGGAGCCGCUGGAUCUGAUUCUGUACAAAGUAAAAUUUCUGAAUAUAAAGAUGCAUUCUGGAGAUUUCUAAGGCCUCAUACAAUUCGGGGUACUGCCCUUGGAUCUAUAGCUUUGGUAUCGAGAGUGUUGAUUGAAAACUCAAACCUGAUAAGGUGGUCAUUGCUGUUCAAGGCGUUUUGUGGUCUUGUUGCGCUUAUAUGUGGAAAUGGUUACAUCGUGGGAAUUAAUCAGAUCUAUGAUAUUGGAAUUGACAAGGUAAACAAGCCCUAUUUACCUAUAGCUGCAGGGGAUCUAUCAGUUCAAUCAGCAUGGCUUUUGGUGUUAUGUUUUGCGGCUUCCGGCCUCCUGAUUGUUGGAUUGAACUUUGGUCCAUUUAUUUCUUCCCUGUACUGUCUUGGUCUUUUUCUGGGCAGUAUCUAUUCUGUCCCUCCAUUUAGGCUGAAGAGGUUUCCUGUUGCUGCAUUUCUUAUUAUUGCCACGGUACGUGGCUUUCUUCUUAACUUUGGGGUAUACUAUGCUACGAGAGCUGCACUGGGACUUACAUUUGAGUGGAGCACAGCUGUGGCUUUCAUCACAGCCUUUGUGACACUCUUUGCAUUGGUCAUUGCCAUCACAAAGGAUCUUCCAGAUGUAGAGGGUGACCGCAA